UUGGCGUUUUCUGGUGCCAGUCCAGAGAUGCAUUGUUUCCCGCAGCAUGGCUCCGUGGACCAGAACGUGGUGGAGAGCCAGGAGAUGCUCCAGGACCACACCAGCUCCUCCUAUACCAAGGGUCACCUCAACCCCAGCCUGCACCACUAGGCCCCAGAGGACCACCGGGCCACCUUCACCCUCAGCAACGUGGUCCCUCAGCAGGCAGCCUCAAACUCCGGCCCCUGGGCUCAGCUGGAGGUUGAGAUGAGGGCCCGGAUGGGUGACUACUGCAUGGGGCCAGCGUAUGUGGUGACAGGGCCACUGCCAUACCUCUCUGAGCACUGGAUGGCCAACCGGGUGGCGGUGCCAGAGUACACGUGGUCUGCCUACUGCUGCCCCUCCUACAACUCUAGUCUCCCCGCCUGAGACCCUACUUCCCAUCAUAUUCCACUGUGGGUCGGAAUGGCCCCCAGAGUGGAGGGGAGAUUGUGCCGGUGGACCCCCAGGUGAAGGCCUCUGUUCGGGGGUAUGAUGUGAGGCAGAUGCCCCUGGACACCGUGGAGACUAUUCUACAGCAGAGACUGGGCAUCCACAUCAGCCUGUUUCACACCCAAUGUCGGUGA